AUGUUCUUAUCGCCUUCCAAGUUUUCUUGUGAUGUAGAAUGUCAUAUCCCGAUCUGCGCUAUCCAAUUUAACUUCCGUUGGCUAAUCUCGUCUUGCGGGGGAGCCAAUCUCGUAUUAUAUGGUUUGAGCCGUCUAAACCUUUUAGUUGAAGAUCUAGGUACUUCGUACUCCGUACUUAUGUUGUGUUUACUCCGUACGCAGAAUACAACUUGUUUAGGUAAGGCUAGCCGGCACCUGGCGGAUGAAACUCGCACUGACGUCUUGCAUUGUCGUUUCGCGUGA